GAGCAAUUUGACAGCGAAAAACAACGGAGCGCAGACAGAGUAAAAAAAAACAACAAUCACAACAGCUGAGGGACGGAAAAUUUGCUACCUCCUUGUGUGUUUUUCUUGAAUUGUGACGCAAAAACGAAAGCAAAGCACAAGCGUCCGCUGUUUCCCUAUUGCUUUCCUCGCUUCCCCAGUGGGCCAGUGGGCAUAAGUUUUCCGCGAGCGAAUUACAUCAUGCAGCAGCGAUAAAGUGUGCGGUGAAACGGAAACUUCGCAUAGCAACAACAACAACAGCAACAGACAUGUUUGGGCGUACCGAAACGAACAAGGACAGUUUCCUCGUCCAAACGAAGGCUGCGCGGGAAGAGCGGGCCCAUGAGCGGGCCCAGGAAGAGCGGCGGGACCGUUCGAUACUGCUGCUGCAGCGCACCAUCCGCGGCUGGCUGGCACGCACCAAGUUUCGGCAAAGAAUUCUCAAUGAAUUUGACGAACUGCUUCCACCGGUCACCAACGCCGGCAAACCGAUCGAGCUGAAACCGAGCCUGACAGUGUACGGUGCCGCCAGCCACUUCCUGCUCCAGUGGAAGGCGGAAACGAGUGCGCCGGAAUCGGCCCCGCACCGGGAGCGGCUGGAGCGCCUGUGCCGCUAUCUGGUCGCCAGCCUCGAUUCGGACUCGCCCAAAACCAGCUACAUCGGGGUGGCGUUCAACAAGGAGCUCAGUCUGGCCUGGAUACGCCACAUCAAGAAGCUGCUGUACCGGUGCUGCACCGCGAUCGAGCUGCUCAAGCCGGAGGUGCACAGCGACAGCAUCACGUUGGCCUUAUACCUGCACACGCUCGUUGCGUUCACGUCCAUCAACAGCUGGGCCCUGCUGCGGAACAAGGCGCUGGCUGGGCUGAAGCCCGGCAUGACGCAGCUGUGCGCGAACGUGAUGGGCGAUCUGGUGCAGAAAGGGUUCUACCUAACGCUGCGCAACGUGCUGGUGAAGGGCACCUGCCGGCCGGUGGUGAAUUUGAAGCCCAUCUCCCUGACCGCACUGGUGACGCUUGCCCUGCGGCCGCUCGUAUCGUCCGGCUUCAGUGAGAAUCUGCUCAGCCAGUUCCUCGUGCAGAUCCUGUCCGUCCCGGGGAUGAUGAUGCAGCUGGAACAGUACACGCCGGAGUGUCUGGUUAGCGUGCAGUCGCACGGUACGCUCGAAAAGACGCUCGAUCUGCUGAGCGGCGAACAGUCGACCAAGUUUGUGGUGGCCAGCCUGCAGAACAGCAAUCUGCUCGCACUGCUCGCGAACAUUGUGCAUUUGUACUAUCUGGAGGCGCCGGAAAAUGCGGCCAAGCUGGCGUAUCCGGCCUUCACGUUUGUGGUGACGCAGCUGUUGAACGGGAUACUGAACAGCCUUAGCCAGGCGGGCGGUGCCUUCACGCAGUGGCACGAGCUGCUGGGGUGGUUCUCGCCCGGGAAGGAUCGGCUGCAGCACGAAAACUUGCCGCUGAUCAAGAAACAGAUCCAUCUGCUGUGGAACCAUCGGAUCGUGAAGCUGCUGCUGGGGGACAAUUUGAAGGAGCUGGCGGUUGGGUACGAGACGAUCGACUAUCCGAUCCCGAGCGGUAACAGUACGGGGAAUCUGUUGAAGCGGGCGCUAACGUUUGAGCGCAGUUCGAUGAAGGGCCAGCCGAACAAGGCGGGCAAGAUGUACCGGAAGCUCGGUUGCGCGGAGGUUUCGCGUGUGGCGCUGACCUGCUCGAUGUACCAUGCGGCGCUGAGCGCGCUGUCGCAGCUGCGGCUGGACAUUCUUUCGGGCCUUUGCUACAAUGACACCGUGCUGCACGAUCUGUGGCUGCUGUUGGGAUCGAUUGGACCGAAUUGUGGGCUGAAGGGGUUCAUCGAGCUGCUGCAAGUCAGUCAAACGAACUAUGCGCCACCGCUGCUGCUUCUCUCCCUGUUCUGCGACUGUAUGACGCACUACGUGACCAUUUUGGACGAUCUGGAAAUGUACGAACAGCAAACACCGUUCACGCUGAACGACUACAUCGUGCUGUCCCACUUCCUCAACACCUUCCUGUACCGCACGAUACAGGACCAGAUACUGGACGCCAAGACGGCCACCAGUGCCCCACUGUUCGUUUCCAUCCACACGCUGCUGCUCUGCCUAUACCGGCGUGACUGCCGGCGGCAGUUCGCACCGCCCAACCACUGGCUGAUCCGGGACAUUCGACCGUCCCACUUUCUGGCCGACCUGGAGAAGGGCAAAAAGCACACCCAGAUCUUGCUGCAAAAGAUGCCCCACAUCAUACCGCACGAGGACCGGGUGCAGCUGUUCCGGAAGUUUGUGCAGAACGAGAAGGCGGUGCUGGGGCUGACCGAGUCGGCCUGCGCGUCGCCCAGCUCCGCCCUGGUCACCGUCCAUCGGGACCGCAUCGUGGAGGAUGGCUACCGGCAGCUGGCCGCCCUGCCACCGCACGGCCUGAAGGGGGUCAUCCGGGUGCGGUUCAUCAACCAGCAGGGGCUGGAUGAGGCGGGCAUCGAUCAGGACGGUGUGUUUAAGGAGUUUCUCGAGGAAACGAUCAAACGUGUGUUUGAUCCGUCGCUGAAUCUGUUCAAAACGACCACGGAACAGCGGCUCUACCCUUCGCCGACAUCCCACAUGCAGGAGAACCAUCUGGCACUGUUCGAGUUUGUGGGGCGCAUGCUCGGGAAGGCGGUGUACGAGGGCAUCGUGGUGGAUGUGCCGUUUGCGUCCUUCUUCCUGUCGCAGGUGCUCGGGCAGACGCAGCAGGCCCUGUACAGCUGUAUGGACGAGCUGCCGUCGCUCGACAAGGAGCUGUACCGGAGCCUUACGUUCAUCAAGCACUAUCAGGGCGAUGUGGCCGAUCUCGACCUGACGUUCAGCGUGGACGAGGACGUGAUGGGGAAGAUAGUGACGCACGAGCUGCAUCCGGGCGGGAGGGCGCGAGCGGUUAACAAUGAUAACAAAAUUAAUUACAUCCACUACAUGGCAUACUUCCGCAUGCACACGCAAAUCCGCGAUCAAACGGCCGCAUUCAUCCGCGGCUUUCGGUGCAUCGUGAAUCCGGACUGGUUGGCGCUGUUUUCCACCCCGGAGCUCCAACGGCUUAUCUCGGGCGACACAUCGCCGCUGGAUUUGAAGGAUUUGCGAAAGCACACCCAGUAUUACGGCGGAUUUCACGACGGCCAUCGGGUGGUCGGUUGGCUGUGGGACAUUCUUGCCAAAGAUUUCACCGAGGAGGAGAAAAAGCUAUUCCUGAAGUUUGUGACGAGCUGUUCGAAACCACCGCUGCUGGGCUUUGCACACCUAGAGCCACCCUUUUCCAUACGGUGCGUCGAGGUGGGCGACGACGAGGACAUAGGCGACACGGUCGGGUCGGUCAUACGGGGCUUCUUUACGAUCCGCAAGAAGGAUCCGCUGAACCGGCUGCCCACCUCGUCCACCUGCUUCAAUUUGCUGAAGCUGCCGAACUACCAGAAGAAGAGCAUGCUGCGGGACAAGCUGCGGUACGCCAUAUCCAGCAACACCGGGUUCGAGCUGUCGUAAGCUGUCGUGUUUCCCUCCUUCCGCUGCCGAAAAUGGGGCGGAAGCCGGAUAUCCAGAAUUAUAUAUCUUAUGAAUGGAGGGGGGAGAAACGUAUAUUAAAUCCAUUAAACUGUGAUAGUAAGCGUAGGAUACUACUGAUACGGGCUAAUCCGAUCGAGGAAGAGAGAGAGAAAGUAAACUCAGCAAAGAAUGAGUCCCCAGUGAUGAGAAUCUUAGCCCGGCGCACGUGUUUGGAAGGUAUUUAGAGGCAAGCAAGCAUUGUGCAAUCCACUAAUCAACAGAACAGAACAGAGAUCCACACAUUUUAGGUGCAACAGUAUAGCAAUUUCGCAAAACCCCAGACAGCCAGUGUGUUUUCGGUGUACCCAAAUGUGUCCCGUUGAUGUGUGUGUAUAUGUAUGUGUAUGUAAAUCAAUAGUAGCAACAGUAACGUAUUGCGUUUAGUGUCUCGAUGUGUAGCGAGGAAAGCAUAAAACAAGGAGUCAAGGAGACCGAGUCAGCAAAGGUAGACAAAAGGGAAAACCGCUCGAUCAGGCACGUCAAAUGUGUUUAUUUUAUAAAAUCAGUUUAUAAAACCCCGUAGGAAGCGUAAAAAAACAA